CUCUGAUAAGAAGAGAAUAAAAUAAAUUUAGUUACUCUCAGUUAGUACUUUUGCGUGAAUUUGACAUUUUCUCCUCAUAUAUCUGUAAAAAUGUUGUCUUUCGGUGAUAUGAGGACAUCAUUGGGUCUAGCGGAGGAGGCUGUAACUGAUGAAACGAUCCAUAAGGAAUUUUGCAAUAAUUUCUUCUACGCAAAUGUCUGUCAAUAUUGCAUUCAAUUGAGUAAAGAUAAAAUAGUGAAAAGAUGCUCAAAUUGUGACAGUGUAUUUUAUUGUUCACGUGAACAUCAAUUGGCACAUCGCGAUGAUCACAAGGUGUUUUGUAAUGCUCUAAAAUUCAUCAAAACCAAUUUAAAUAAAGAUGACAUUUUUCAAAAUAUGCCAAUGAAUGAUACGUCAUUUAAAAAUUAUCUAAUCGAUUUGGCGGAGAUGCAAUUGAACAGAACUUUGAAAAAUUGUGAAAAACAGGUAUUUCUCUAUCCACGUGUUUGCAUAAUUUGUAACGAGAGUAAUCCAAGAUUGGUGAAAUCAUGUAAAAAUUGUCCUCACGCUAAUUUUUGUAUAAAACAUUUUAACGAUCUUAAUCAUCAGAGGGAAUGUCGAUUCUUUACAUUUUGCUUUUACUUGGACCAUUUUUCAAUGCUAUUCAAAUCAAUACAAUUUAGUGAUUUUAUUAGCGUUUUCCCAAGGAACACUAAAUAUACACCGCUGCCAGUAAAUAUGGGAAUGUUUCUUCUCGAGUACGUGAAACCAUAUCACAGUGACUUAUAUUUCGAUGCCACUGAAGUUCAAAUGCAUCUUUCGUCAAUUUUCUACAGACCAGUGACUGUCAUUUACGCCUUACAGCGAUUAAAUCUCACACGAUGUUCACAAUUACAAAUUCACUUGAUAUGCAAAAAGCGUAUGGACGAAAUUAAUCACAAUGAAUGGGAAAUUUUAUUCCACUGGUUUCCAAAAUUAAAAUCAUUAAAAAUUGUUCUAAUCGGCUGUCAAGGAUUGCCCAGAAAUGUUCCAACGAAAUUGUGUGAUCUUUGCAAAGGAAUUAAAAGAACAUUAAAAGUUGAAGCACACUACAUGUUAUACAAAGAUUACUACAAUGAAACGCUCAAUGUUCCGGAUAUUAUUGUUGCCUUCGACAUUGAUUAUAUGACAUUUAGCACAUGGAUGGAGUCGACGAAUAUAAUAACGCAAAUGAAUACACCCAUUGUUUUGACGGCAAUAACGCAAGCGGAUUUAUUAGCUGGUCUCCAAGAUUGUGUCAAGAAUCCUAAUAAAUUUUCACAAAUUAUCAUCAACCCUUUUGGUAAUUUGAGACCACAGAGAGGAAGUCGAAGUGUUGUGUAUCCAAGUUAUUAUAUCAGUAUUUAUGGUGAUGAUUCGCCUAAAAUUGCCGAUGCCUUAUUAAACGAUGACAAUUUCGAUGAGGGAACUGCUGAUCAGAAUACUAAAUCAAAGGGAGAAUUAGUUGCCGAAUUAAAAAUGAAAAAUUCACAACUCACGCAAAAAUUUGAGAUCUUCUCGUCGGAAAUACAGAAAUUAAAAUAUCGCAAUGAUCAAUUGCUAAAUUUUCUUAGUGAGGUGCAAGAAUUGAACAAUAAAUUUUUCAAUCUAGAAGACAGAUUUUAUGAGAUUUUCGAUACUGACUGAAGAGAUGAACUAAGAAGUUGACAGCGUACUUAAUUAUUAUUUUUUUGUAAAUAUUUAAUAUCUGACGGAGCUGAAUUUCAAUAAUUUUUAAAUAUAAUUGAAUAUUGUACAAAAUAGAAAUUUUUUAAUACAAUUUUUUGUAUCGCUUACUAAAUUUGAAACGUUUUUGAAACGUAAAUGUGGCAUUUUUAUUGUACAUAUAUUUUGUAAUUUUUUAGAGACUAAUUUUGUAAAUGUAUUAAACGUACACUACUUUAUAAUUGCAAAAUUUUAUUAUUAAAAAAAAGUACAAAUGACA